AUGAAGAAGAAACUCAAGGACGAAGAAAGAAGAUGCAGUGUAAAAAACGUCGAAGUAGUAGCAGUGGUGAUGAGUGAUGACGUAAGCGUUCAUCGACGACUGAGUGAGACACGAGAUUCUAGUGAGAAGGAGGAGGAGGAGGAUCAGGAGGAAAAGAGACAAGAAAAAGUCAACGAGGAGGAAGAAAUGGUGACGAUUUCUGUCUUGGAGCUGGAAAAAUGGCAGCAAAGAGUGAUUUUUCAUGUAGAAGACCAUUUUUCCAAUGAACAAUUGAAGAGAAUUGCCGAGUUUGGACGUGUCCAUGGAAGCAUUGUACAGGAAGCGAAACAGUAUGUGAGCAAUAUGGAGAUACAGAUGAUGAAUCAAUUUGAAGAAGAACGAGCUGCGUUGCGUGCACAGGCCGAGGAGUUUAUUGCAAAGACAGCUGCUGAAAACAAGAUUCUCCGGCAUCAGGUAGAUGACUUGACGCAACAGGUUGAUCGACUCGAGAAGGUGGUAGAUACGUUGGAGAAGCAGGUAAAUAUUGGCAGGUCUGAUGUUGCACAGAAUCAUCAAAAGCAAGAUAUGAGACACCAGGAACAUGGCGGACAAGUUUGCCAGACUUUUUCACCAUCAAAUAAUCGAGCCCAAGUACAACACGAUAGCGGAGAGACACACGAGAGAGUAGGAAAUGGUUUGAGUAACGUAAAGCACGUGAACGGGUACCGAUCUGGUAGUAAAACGGACUUUUCCUCUCCACAGCCAGCUAAGCAGAGAGGUGGUGAACUGAUCGAUUGCUUCUGCUUGUCGAUACCUACCGAUUCGAUCCCCAAUCACGUUGUUUGCUUGGCGACCGAUCAAGAGCGGCAACAUCAACAAUUAGACUCAUCAUGUAAAGAUGACAUACCUACAAAGUUCACUUUGUUGAAACAGAAUGGACAUAAAAAGAUAGACUUGUCCAAGACACCUGCAGGAGCGGGCAAAGCACGACGUCAUGGAGAUGGCUAG